UCUGUGAGAAGGGCAGAGAUGACCAGGUGAGGGUUGUACCUUGCGUGAGAAUGCCUCUAUAUGAGAGUCUGCCUGUGAAAUCAUUAGCAUAGUGAGAUUCUUACUUCGAGCGCUUAUACAAGAAGACGUUCCUGAUCCGUCCUCAAAUUUUUAACAAGAUCACAAGAAUUCAUGACAGUUCAUUACAUGGUCAUUUUACGAGGAUAGAAAAAUGGCAUCAUUCCAGAAGAACAUUGCUCAUCCUCAACGUUUUAACAUUAUUCUUCUUGGAAAAACAGGACAUGGAAAAAGUGCUUCAGGAAACACUUUACUGAGAAGAAAUGUUUUUAUUUCCAAGAAAAGCGUCUCUUCUGUAACUCAGGAGGUUCAGAUGGCGAGCGAGAGUUUUGAUGGAGUGACUCUUAAUGUGUAUGACACACCAGGAAUCUCCAGUCAAGAAAGCAAUGAGAUUCCAAUAUCACUAUAUCAGUCUCUCUUCCAGUUAGACGAGUCGGCUAGCACUGUGCUUCUGUUGGUGAUAAAGGCAGAAAGAGUUGCUUCUGAAGAAAAACGAGCUAUUCGUCUAAUCGGGAAUAUUUUACCCGAAUUUCUUGUGGAGAACACAUGGAUCCUUUUCACCAAAGGAGACGAGCUGGAGAAAGAAAAUCUCACUAUUGAGCAGUUUAUAGAAGAGACAGAAGAAGUGAAAGAAGUCCUACAGAGAUUACAAAACAGAUAUCACGUCUUCAACAACUCAUCAGAAAAUCCAGAUCAAGUGAGAGAGUUAAUAACUAAAAUCCAAGAGGCACCAGAAAUUAUCCCUCCAGAGAUGGGAUUUCCUCGGACAACACCCCCAGAUCCUGAAAAAGAUCCCCUUCACAGGAGAAUGUUGCUGGUGGGGAAGACUGGAGCUGGGAAAAGUGCUACAGGAAACACCAUCCUGGGAGAGGAGAGAUUUAGAUCUGAGUUCAGUUCAUCCUCUAUAACAUCAGACUGUGAACUGCAUCAGGCAGUGUUUUCAGAGAGAAAUAUAUCUGUUAUUGACACACCGGGGUUAUUUGACACAAGAAUCUGCAAAGAGAAGUUAAGUGUGGAGAUAGGAAGGAGUAUUUAUCUGUCCAGUCCAGGACUUCACGCGUUCCUUUAUGUCCAUCCUAUUAACAUCAGAUUCACUGAACAAGAGGAAAAUGUUUUUCAGAAAUUAGAGCUGAUUUUUGGAAGAGAGAUGAAAAAAUACACAAUAAUUCUAUUCACCUAUGGAGACUUGUUAGAGGAGACGUCUGUGGAUGAGUUGAUUCAGGAGAACAGAUCUCUCAGUGAACUAGUCGAUGAGUGUGGAGGAAGAUAUCACACCAUCAACAAUAAACAACUGAGUAACAGAGAGCAGGUCAAUGAGCUACUGGAGAAGAUAGACAGAAUGGUGGAGGAAAACAGAGGAACCUGCUACUCCAAUCAGAUGUAUGAGGAAGCAGUGAGAUUCAGACAAGAGGAGGAGGAGGAGAGGAUGAGAGAGGAACAUGAGAGACUUAGGAGAGAGUUGGAGGAGACAAGGAUGAGAGAGGAACAUGAGAGACUCAGGAGAGAGUUGGAGGAGAGAAGGAUGAGAGAGGAACAUGACAGACUCAAGAGAGAGUUGGAGGAGACAAGGAUAAGAGAGGGCCAUGAGCAACUCAGUAGAGAGGAGGAAGAGACAAGGAUGAGAGAGGAACAUAAGAGACUCAGGAUAGAGUUGGAGGAGAGAAGGAUGAGAGAGGAACAUAAGAGACUCAGGAUAGAGUUGGAUGUAAGGAACUGGGAAAGGGCAAUGGAUUCCAAGAGACAGGAGUGUUUUAAAAAGUUUUACAAUGAAAACAAAAUGUUUUUAGAUGUUGCUGGUAAUGUUGCAGGUGGAGAUGCUCAAAUGGUAUCUUGGUCGAAACUGGGUAUUGCUAUAGGUCUUUUAGUUGUAGGUACUGCUGCAGUUAUUCUUACUAAAGGUAAAUGCUUCACUCUCCUGAGGCCCUUUAUGCACAUUGCCCUUUCUCCAGCCUUUGCUUCAAUAUUUAAUUUAUUCCAUCAAGUGUUUCACUAUUUCACAAGUAAAUAAGUUACAACCAGUAAGAAAUUCUGUAUCUACUAAAUUCAAAAUAUAACUAAAUGCAGAAUGAACUACAUUUUAACCUUACGUAUGCUGGACCUCCAUGCAUGCCUGUCAUAGAACUAAAAAAACAUUCAUAAGGAGAUCUGAAUGUGUCACAUUUUAUGCAUACUUCAGAAUAGCUUAAAAGAGUCUUUUCUUGUCAUUUAUUUUUCCUGUCGCCAGAAAAUUCUAUUAUUCUAUUAGCUCGUUAGAUAUUUCUUCCUAUUUAUAUGACCAUUAGAAAACAUUAUGCCAUUUCUCAUAUAAUUUUCUAGUAUAUAGUUUUUAUACUUCAGGUAAAACAGAUCUGAAUUUAAAAAUCCAACUUUAACACACCAUGUCUUGAUGGAGCUCUGUGCUUUGUGCACAGGAACAUCGUCACGCUGGAACAGGGCAUAAGUCUCUUAGUGUCCAGUGAAGGGAAAUUGUUAUGACAUUCCAUACAAUUGUGUGCUUCCAACUUUGCGGUAACAGUUUGGGGAAGAUCCACAUCUGGGGGCGAGGGUCAGCUGGACAUACUUUCGGCUAUAUAAUGUACGUGAACAUUUACUGUUGAUCUAUCUAUGUAUCGGGUUCAGUUGUUGAAAAAUUGAUCAGUUAUAUGUAAAAAGAUUUUAACAUAUUUACAAAGUUUUCAACUGAAAAUGUACUAGAAGUGUAAUGUGACAAAUAUGUUAUGUGGUUUCCUUUAAAAUAUUUGAUUAAAUAAAUGUAAAGGUAAAAAACAGGAGAAGAUGAGUGUAAUGUAUCAGGAGACGGUCACGACCUUGAGGAAGGAUCCGGUGUGUUGAUUUGGGGAAGUGUUCAUUUAUGUCACUUAUUAUAAGAUUUAUACAGAACAUGAUUUAUUUUUAUAAAUAUUGUUGAGA